AUGUUUUCCUUCAGGAAACUCCUUGGGCCAGGGCUGAUUCUAGCAGCCGAGUCGGCACCGGUGCCGCAAGCAUCACAAGCAUGGGGUCGGCUGAUUGCCCUGGGGGCAGUUGAUGGCUUCGGAGGUUUGUCUCACGAUGGUGAGGCCGAGUGUUUGAUGUCAGGUGCUGAAGGUCCCAGCAGCCUCUUCAACGCAUCCAGUCGAUUCGUGUCACUGUUGCACGAUGCGGGUUUUGGUACCAAGGUGAAGGCUGGGGUCAAGCGAAAGUCUUUGAGCUCGGAGACAUUGGCCAGCUUGGUUGGAAGCCUUCAGGCCUUGAUCGAGCUGGAGGGCAGCGUCGCAUCGCUGUGCCUUCCGCAUCAUGCCCUGCUGAGACUACGGCAAGCAAGCGACGCUUUGCUCAUGUUGCAGGAACAAGAUGGGCGACUUAUGCUACAGCUGCUGGAGAUUCAGGAUGAUUUGGAUGUUGCCUGCCAGGAUUUCAAGUUGGAGGAGUACGCCUCCUUCGGACGUGACCUUGGACAGAUUUGGCGACGUGCCCUAGAUGAUGCGUCCCCGCGCGAGGACUCCCAGCAAUCCCUGCGACCGGACAGAACGGGUAGCUCCGGAUCAACGGGCCUCGUUGAGGUGGCCAUCGUGUUGAAGGUAACUACAGCGCUGUUGCAAAGCUUCUUCGGUCGAGGUUCUGGAUCUCAAGGUCGAGCAUCUGAGUUUCUGUGGGAGGAUCCUUUGCUGUUCAACACCUGUAUUGCAGAGAUGAACGAACUGCAGGCCCUUUGGCAAUCCAUCGGAGCGGUGCUCCGAAGCGCCGCGCGAAAGCAUCAACUUUGGAGUUUUUCGACGCCUGAUGCGAAAGUGCGAAAUCGGGAAGUCCAACAACUGGCUCAUUUGGGCCAGAUCCUGCAGCAACUCCCUCGCAUCCUGGACGGCUGUGGAUUGCAAGGGAGGCAGCAGCACAUGUUCCAGCAGUCCCUAAGCGUCUUCAAGUCUCCACCCGAGAGGACCUUGAGUGCAGCCGCCUCGUCGCUGUUUGUCCUGGAAGAGCAUUGGAAAGCGAAAGCAUGGCAGGAAGUUGGUUCCAAGCUGGGACUACUGAUGCAAGACAUGCUGCUUGAUGCCUUCCCCGAUACGGUGCGUCUCGACAGUGGCAGGUUGCGAAUACUGGCUCCUCCACACAGGAAAGGACCAAACACGCACGUGAUAAUCCUAUGCCUUUGUGCUGGGCUUGCCAUUCCUGUCACGGGCUUUGCGGCUGCAAGGGGCUGGAAUGUGCCCAGGAUCAUUCGUGCCAUGUUCGAGAUUCGUAAGGUACGGUGUGAUGACUGCGAAGAAGGAUCAGGAAAUGCGGUUGAAGAGAUUCAAAUUGAAUUCUCCGCCCGUAUUCGACGGCUGGAAAUGUGGUCCAACGAUGAUGUUUUUGCCCUAGACAGCGGACAAAAGCAGGCUGCUGAUGAAGUGCUCCAUCGGACGGAGUUGAUCAUGCAAGGCUUUCAGGAUCGGGAGCUGCGAUACCGAGAGAAGAUCGCCAGGGACCGAGAUGAUUUGCUGAGCUAUUCCCAAGAGUACAGCAAAUUGCAAGGAAACUUGCGCAGGUCGAUGGAAGAUCUGUCCAUUCUGCGUGAGGAUCUUGCUAUUGUCGUGACCUCUGAGUGGUCGUGGCUGGAGAUUUGGCUCGUCGAGCCUCGGGCCUUCGGGGCCAUGGGUUCGGGCGCCUGCAAGGGCGUUUGUGUCGCGGUGCAGGAUGCUUCUGAUGAGGAAAUUCUCCAGUUCUUCUCAGCCUGGCCCUCUGACCAGCGCGAGCGCGUGACGGGUCUGCUGAGCAGCUGCUCCAAAAGCGACGCACCCAAGGCGGAUGCUUCGGUCAAGGAGUUGGAUGAGUCCCUGUCAAAGCUGGAGAGCGCCAACAAUUUGUCGGAACCCGUCGCGGAGGCCGCCGAGGAGGCGAAGACCUUAGAGGAGAAGCACAUCAAACAGGUGCAUUCGGCCUUCCGCUGGGGUAAACCGGUCAGCGAGAUCGAGGAUAUGAUCAAAGACUGGCAGAGCGGUGCGACCAUGAAAGACGCUCUGGCCGCGGUGGAUGCACAGAACGGCAACCGCGCCUUGCACAUCUCGGCGCAAAAUGGGCACAUGCCAUUGACAAAGUAUAUCUUGGAGCAGAAAGCAGAUCCAAGUGCUCAGAACUUCAAUGGUCAGACGGCGCUUCAUAUGAGUGUGGAGUAUGACAUGUACUUCCAGUCCAAGCUGCUUUUGGACGCCAAGGCAGACCCAAACGUCAGCAAUGCUGCGGGACAUGCGGCCUUGAAGGGCUUGGAGGGGGCCAAGGAAGGACAGGAUGCCUGGGACAAUCCCAUGAACAUCUUGAAGGCGGCCGAGGACGAUGAGGAGCAGAUGAAGGUCGCAUUCGAGGCGCUGGAAGCCGCAGAUCCCAAGGACUUGGACCGUGCCGUGCUGGCGCAGACGGGGAUGCGGAAGCGCAAGCAGUGCCCCAAGCAUUGGCAACCGGAGCGCUUCAAAGGAAUUGUGCAGAAACUCUGA